GAUACUUUUUUUUAUUGUUAUGAAAUAGUGAAAUUUCCGAAAAAGACUAGGAAUCUUUUCUCUUUUGUUUUGUUGUCUGUUUCUUUGCAUUUCCGAACUUUGUUUCGUAGACCAUUGGACCUCAAGCUGCUUCGAAUGUUACCGCUCUCCAAUCUUUCUUCAACGACUUCAUGAUAAAUACAUAGCGAGCGAGGACUUUAUAUUGGAAGCCUUGUCAGCUGUCACAUCACAUCACUAUAUCCAUAUAUACAUAUAUACAUAUACACACACACCGACUGUAUAACGAACCCUGGUAUCAAGCUUUGUUAGCGGAACUCAUAGCCCCUCCCAUUUAAUUCACGAUCGAAAGCCACGAUGCUCGUUGAAGAACGGUAACGGCGGUUCAAUUUGACACCAGCACAGCGCCUGCAUGUGCGCUGCAUACGCGAUUGUGAAAUUUCUAGAAUAUAAUUACAUAUAGCUUAGGCCUAGGAGCUUAGAGAGACAUAUACCGAGGUCGACCAUCUCUACGAAUACAUAACAUCUACCCACCAGCCAUUUUCCGAUUCAUUGCGGCUUCAUCAAGAUGGGGCGAACUUCAAAAUUCUCAUUUCCCAUUCCUGGGCGCAAGCGUAGUUCGAGUCGAGAACAAGCGUAUCAAGUACCUCCACCGCCAUCAAAGAUAUCUUCGGGGAACUUGUCAAAAGCUGAACAAAUUCUGGGAACUGGCACCAUCGAAUCUGGGGAUUGGAGGAGACCUGGAUCUAGAUCGAGUCGGAUGAGUAUUUCUAUAUCAGAAUCAACACAUUCAACGGUUCAAGAUGGUCAUGAUUAUGAUCAAUGGGAUGGGGAAUCGGGUGUUUUCCCCAGGCAAACAAAUUUGAGAGGACAGGCUUCAUCUAAUGCAUUGGGUCAGCGUUUUGGAGAAGAUAUGGCUACGGAAACUUCUAGCACAACACAUCGAUUGAGAAAUGAAAAUUCUACAUCUACCUUGAAAUCAUAUUAUGAUCGACAAAAGUUACCGGCUGCGAUAUCACAACAAACUUCUGCAUCGUCUGCACGAGAUAUGGCUCUUCGAAAAGGACUUACGCCAGUUGUUAGUAGGAGUGCACAUUUGCAAGCCGAUUCUGUGGAUCUUUGGGAUCAAGCCGGUCAAAGUCUGUCGAGUAUGAAUGAUAAUCAUUUGGGAUCACCGGAGCGGAAGAAGUCAGUGAGGGCGGGUAUAUCUUCGUUGUUUCAUAGGUCCGAAAGAAGACCUUCGGCAGCAUCACAAAAUUCCUACGAUUCUUCCAAGCAAAAUACCUCACUCCGAAAUAGACUUGCCAAAGCAGCUUCGAAAGAAUCAUUACAAUCACAAAGGCAAAACAUUUUAUCAACAAAGUCCAGGGACCAAAGGGACCAGAUACAAAAUCAUGCUAACCCCGACGACUCACAUGAUUACUAUGAUCAAUCAGCCAGGAAUGCUCAUAUGAAGGCGAUACCAGAAACCAACGUCCCGGAAACCUUUAAUUUGUUUCCCAACACGUCGGAGAAUAGCAAUAGCCGUCAGCCAGGGUCACUAAAUUCAGAGAAGAGGGAAGGACGUCGGAGAUUGGAAGAUUUACAUUCUAGCUCUGGAGAAAAGGAAGCAUUUUCGUGGAAGAACGUACGUUCGAAUAAGAAUGGAAAUUUCCGCAACAGUAUGAUUUCUCAGAGCACAGGACAUUCUAGUUUGGGUGUAUCCAGUACUGGAAGCAUAUCUAGCCACAACACCAAAACAUCGAGACAAACAGGGGGGAGUGUCUUUUCGAGUGCGGAUCUACAACAAAGCAGUGUGUUGUCAUUAUCAUCUGAUUCGGAAGAAGAUUUAUCUGACGCUGAACCAUCGAAAUCUCGUGAUAAUAUAUCCAUUGGAAAAGCUCCUUCACAUGCCGAGAGCGAAAUAAUUCCUCCCGCAUUACAAAAUCGCCUAAGUACCACGAAAAAUCCGUCAAGAAGAUCAUCAGCGUUGAAAAACUCAUCAUCCACAAGGAAGACAAGUGACCAAUCAAAUGCGUUUUUGACAAUUCCGGAACCAAAUGGAGGCUUGUCUAAAUGGCCAAUGCCACCAAGUAUCACAAGGCAAGAUUCUAUGAAUUCACAAGAUUCUCGACCAACUUCAUCUCAUAAGCCCAAAAAACAUAUCCAGCAACAUCAGCAACAACAGCAACAACCAACACCGCCAUUAUCUCCUAAAGAAAUUGAUGCCGAAACGGAUUCUAUUCAUACAACAUCUAGUGGUCGCAUGAUGCAAGUUACACAACAAGAAGAAGCACUUCUUGAAGCACUGCGUCAAAAGAGAGCACGCAUGAGAGAAAAGAUUAUUGAAGAACACCAAGCGCGUGGAGUGAGUAGAUCGCCGCCGAGGUCGACAGGAAACAGAGCGUCGUCAAGAUUCUCAAAAGCGAGUACGGCGAGUACGAUUAGACCGGGAACAGAGAAGGUGCCACUGAUUCUUGACGCGCCGAUUAUGAGGGGAAAGGAUAUGGGUUUCGGAGGUAGAUAUGGGAUGGGAACCGAAUACGGACAACCGAGUCCGGAUCUGAGUGAUUUUUUGAGCAUGGGAAGCGAGGAAUUUGAAGAAGAUGAUGAGACGCCGACGAAUAGUCGAGGAGUUUCGAGAAAUGAGGUUAGGGGGCAUGGGAGUGCGAGUGCGACUGCGAUUGAUGCACCGCAAUUCAAGAGACCGGGUACGCCACCACAACAUGAUCCGAGAUUUGCUUCUUUGGAGGUGGAGAAAGGUGGUAGAAAUGAGGAUCAUGUGAAGAGAAAUCCUAGUAUGGGGAAAGUGAGAUUUGUGGGAUGAGAGAAUGGAGAAGGGAUGAGUUGAGGAUUGUAAUUUUGAGGUGCGGGUGGAGGGGUAAUUUAUAUUUAUUGUUCUUAUGAGAUAUCACUGGGUGCGAAUUGAUUUUGGAAUUUGGAAUUGGAUUUGGGAUGUAUGUACGUAUGUAUGUAUUUGGAUAGGAAGAUGUGGAUGGGGUGUCUGUCUUAUUUACUUUCAUGACACUACAUUGAUUGAUGGGUUUUGGUUAUAUAUGCAUAUACCCCUCUUGAUUAUUUUACAUUUAUACAUUCUAUACGGGAUGGGAGGAGAGGGGACGGGAAUGGGAAGCAAAGGAUUUGUAUAGCUAGCUGGUGCGGAUGAAGAUGGUGGCUUGGCGACCAUUUUUGUAUAGAUAUAUAAAUGGAUGGAUGUGUAUAGUAUAGGUGAUGAUUGAUUGAUAGAUAGAAAGAGAGAGAGAAAGAUUUAUAUUAUAGAUACUUAUGGGAUAGACAGAUGAUAUCGAGAGUCGAAAAUCGAAUUUGAUAUUUCUGAUUGAAUGAAUAUUUGUUUUUUUUUUUA